CUCCUCGUCGUCAUCACCUCGCGAACCCGGAGGCACUCACGCCCAUGUGACCCUCUUCAGCCUGUCCCGUCCCUGCCCUGGAUCCUAGCUUGCCCAUACAUGGAGACUUUGACAUUUGCAUGCACUGUCCUCGGUCACUGACCGACCACAUCAGAAAUGAGACACCACCGAGGCCAAGACGAAGGCAGGCCGAUGCCGUCAUGCCCUCGAGCGCGUCAGGCUCGCCUGAGACUGUCACGACAGACUUCUUGCGAGCCUGUCCGUAUCGUACGAGAUGCUCAAGCCUGUGCUCAGCUUCCUGCCCACUCGAUACGAUACAGUCGGCAAUUUUGCAAGGGAGGAUGCCAUUCUUCUGCAGGCAGAUAGCCUCUCGCCGCUCUCCCCACGGGAGCUCGCUCUCGUGCAGCAUAUCUACGUCUUCAUGAGUGUGACAGCCUAUGCGAUACUGAUCUGGGACUGGAUCGCCUGUCUGCCCCUCGAGUCAAAGCACUUUUGGCAAUCACGAUCACCAGAGACGACAGAUCGCAAAUCUCGUCACUCUCAGGUCACACUCGCCGGCCAAGUUCCUAUGAGUAGCAAGAUCAAUCGUUACAUCUUUCUCUCCGCAAGGUAUGGCGCACUUGCGCUAGCUAGCUUCAUUAUCGCUAUCUGGGCAAGCCUCUUCUGGUCCGAUACUGCAUGCUCGAUGGUUCAGUACUGGUACUUUGGCUUCGCUCUUGUUGGCCUGGCCACGCACACUGUCAUGGCACUCAGACUCUAUGCCAUUUACGGCAGAGCUCGCUGGCUGCUUGCUACGUCUACGGUCAUGACCGCCGUAGACUUUGCGGCAGAGCUCGUCGCGGGUCUCUACUUGCGUCCCAUACUGCUCGAGCAGAGCGAGCGAUCAGUCUGUAUCCCCUAUCCAACCUCGAGUAUCUUUCUGCUAGCAUUUAUUGCGCCGACUAUACUACACCACACACAUCUCGUCCUCAUCGCUUGGCGUGCGUUCACCCACUUCCAUCACACAGAAACGCUAGGCAUCUCCGCCGGUCGAAGACUCAUGCAAUCCAUCAGACAGCAUGCCAUUGUGCUCACGUUGGCCAUUUGUCUCGUCAAUUUUGCUAACCUCGUUCUUUGCGCACAACCCAAUCCGUUCGCCUAUAAAUUAGUCAAUCUCCUGCCAUCAAUGUGCCUGACUCAAGUGCUGCUGUCCCGCAUUGUCUUCUCGCUCAAGUCAUCGUCAUCGGAGACCAGACGGACGACGACCUCAUCUCUACUGGCUGCUUCCCUGUCAUCAGCAUCAUACGGCGAAGUCAGUAGCGAGAAGGCUUCGUCGCCUACAAAGCCAUCUCGUGAGCGCUCAUAUCGCAUCGAACAAUUCAUCACACGGAAGCCGCCGGGACCGACUUCUUCCGCGCGAGCCAGAGCUAAUUCUAUCUCGACAAGCCAAUCUUCGUUCAUAUCUACACGCUUGGGCGAGGGCAUGCACUUCCAAACCGAGCAGCAAUUCGGCAGAAGCUCUAUGACUGUCUGUCCGCCUGGCGAUUCAGCGGGGAUGCUCUGUGCGCGACCCAUCUCGACCUAUGACACGUUCGGCCCCGCAGACUCGAUCUACGCGACUGGUUCAGACGGCUCCUCGCUAGUACGCAUUCGCCCGAUGACUUUCGACUCAAUCAAUUUUGCCGCCUUCGACGCCUGCACCAUUGAUGAUCCCAAUGCAAGCGAACCUGGUCUACAAGCGUGCAACAGCGCUCUCAAUAUCAGCUCCACUGCUGCCAGCAAGCCUACGCAGCUCAGUGAACCUCAUCUCGAUGACGAGCACGGUCGCAAAGCGCAAUUGCAUCAGCUUUGGAAUGAGAUGCGCGGCAUGCAUCCCAGACCCUCGAUCGAAUGUGAGUCCGGUCGGCCCGUUCAGGUUUCGAACACGACGCGCUCUCGAACAUCAACGCCUCUGUCGCCUUCUGUAGACUCAGAAAGCGACAAUGUCGCUCGAGUCAAUAGCUUGACGAACAGCAUUAAACAGCUCGUUCUGCGUAGGGCUGAAUCAUCAAACACUUAUACGACAGCGCGGCCCACAGUAAUGUGA